GUUCAUCUCGUGCAACCCGAGUGCGAGUCUAGUUCACCCCAUUGCCGAGAUUCGGAGAGGGGCUCCUACUUCAAAUCUGCCUGUCCACAAUCUAUGACGCUUCGCCCAACCUCAUUCUUUCGCUCGACCUCGGUCUCGUCAUGUCUCAGCUAUGGUCGCCAACAAGCUCUGCCCGUUCAGGCCGCCGCUUGGCGCAAAUCGUCAAGUUGAAGCCUGAGUUCGUCGGCAAGUACAAGGAGGUUCACGCUGCAGUGUGGCCAGAGGUCCUGAAGCAAAUCAAGGAGUGUAAUAUCGUGGAUUAUAGCAUAUUCCAUGACCCAGAAACAGGAAUUCUCUUUGCGAGCUUCAAGUACAUCGGGAACGACUAUGCCGGGGACAUGGAGCGCAUGCGGCAAAACCCAAAGGUACGCGAGUGGUGGAAGAUGACGGACGGUAUGCAGGAAUCGCUGGUGCCCGGGGCGAAGGAUAGCGAAUCGGGCGAGCCGUCGUGGUGGAAGCCGAUGGAAGAGGUGUUUUACAACCCUUGAGUUAGACACUGUUCAUCGAUGGGAAGGCAAGGUUGGUGGUUCCAAGUGGUGGAGGAUAUCGACUAUCAAGGCAAGGCCGCAGCUGUCGGUCGAAUGCUGGCAGGUCACUUUGAGAGCACUCUCGCAGGUGAACGGAAUUGGAUAUAGGGACACCCUCUCGUACAUAUAGUCGCCCGUUGUCUGUUAAAGUCUUAAUUCUGCAAGUAUUCGAAGUAUUCCUUGUGUCACAGUUAAUGCUCCUGGCUGCAGCUGAUUGCCACGACGCUCAGGUUGUCCAAGAUCAAAUGAUUGCGGGAAAUCGGGGAUUAGCUUACAUAAUACGCGACCUACCUAC